GGCAAGUGCGAGACGUUCCGGGGACAGUCGCAGUAUCUCGUUGACAGUCGAACGGUAAGAUGGCAAUGGCGCAUCGUUGGGCACUAUGGUGCGUGGUGCUAGUGGUCUUUGGUUUGGCGCAUGGAUCGCUUAACGAUGACUAUGACAGCGAUAAGCGACUACAUCCGAGACUUCCGGAUGAGCCCAAGGGCCCGCAAUCGAAGAAUGCCGAACAAGAACGAACCAUCGAGUACUGGCGGAACCAGGCGAAGGCAACGGUGGAGCAGUUGUUGAAGAAGAAAGAAAACACCAACACGGCCAAGAAUGUCAUCAUGUUCUUGGGUGACGGUAUGUCGAUUGCCACCGUAGCGAUGGCACGUGUUUACGCAGGUGGCGAAGAGAAACCACUGUUCUUCGAAGAGUUCCCGUACAUCGGGAUGUCGAAGACGUACUGCGUGAACUAUCAAGUGGCCGAUUCCGCUUGCACAGCGACGGCAUAUCUGACGGGUGUGAAGGGUAAUUACGAAACGAUUGGUGUGAAUGCCCAUGUACCGGUGCGUGAUUGCCAUGCUGGCCGGAAUCGCUCGACGCACACGUCAUCGAUUGGCCAGUGGGCGAUGGAUGCUGGGAAGGAUGCUGGUAUUGUGACGACCACGCGUGUAACGCAUGCAUCACCAUCGGGCAUGUACGCGCACACGGCAUUCCGUGAUUGGGAGGAUGAUUAUUGGGUCAAACAAGAUGGUUGCACGUCGGAGCAGGUUGAUGAUAUCGCUCAUCAGCUCGUGUACGGUGAAACGGCACCAAGGUUGCGCGUGAUUUUGGGAGGAGGACGACGUGAAUUCCUGGAUCGAGAGACGGGUGUGGAUCCUGAGUACGGUCCUGGAAGAGGAUUUCGAUCGGAUGGUCGUAAUUUGAUCGAUGAGUGGCUCAAGAAUGGUCCAGUCGGUGAGAACCGUACGUUUGUAUGGAAGCGAUCGGAUUUGCUGGCCGUGGAUCCGCACAGAACCGAUCGGUUGCUGGGAAUGUUUGAACCCAGUCAUUGCGCCUACAAUCUCGACACCGUUCAUAAGAAUCUGCCCGAAGAACCGUCGCUUGCCGAGAUGGUGGACAAGGCCACGGAUUUGUUGAGCCUUAAUCCGAAAGGAUUCUUCCUGUUCGUCGAAGGAGGCCGCAUCGAUCAUGGACACCAUGACAAUGAGGCGAAGUAUGCCAUCGACGAGACGGUACAGUUUGCUAAAGCUAUCGAGCUGGCACGGAAGAAGUUCAGUGAGGAAGAUACGCUGAUCGUAGUAACCUCGGAUCACUCUCACAGCGUCAGCUUCGCUGGUUAUCCGAACCGUGGAAAUGAUAUCUUCGGUACGGCUGGAACUGGUAAGGAUGGCCUGCCGUACAUGACGAUCAGCUACGCAAACGGACUUGGCUACAACACGCACGUCGACAAGGUGAAGGGCUCUCGUGCCGACGUUCGUCAGCUCGACAACUUCAACGAAGACAAUUUCCCCUUCCCCGCGAUGCUACCGGUUGAGUUGGAGACGCACGGUGGCGAGGAUGUGGCAGUGUACGCAUCCGGCCCUUGGUCCCAUCUGUUUACCGGCACCUACGAGCAGAAUAUCAUCCCACACGCGAUGGCAUACGCCGCGUGUAUCGGUAAAGGCCAUCAGGCGUGCGACAAGAAGUAAACAACGGGCGAAGGUCAGGUUUUAUCUCAAAUAAAUGUACCAUCUAUCAAAGCCAAAAAA